AGCACUAAGAAGCUUUGUGCUGUUAUGCUAGACACUGUGGGACCUGAGUUGCAAGUUAUUAACAAGACUGAGAAAGCUAUUUCUCUUAAAGCUGAUGGCCUUGUUACUUUGACUCCGAGUCAAGAUCAAGAAGCUUCCUCUGAAGUCCUUCCCGUUAAUUUUAAUGGGCUAGCGAAGUCAGUUAAGCGUGGUGACACUAUCUUUGUUGGACAAUAUCUCUUCACUGGUAGUGAAACAACUUCAGUUUGGCUUGAGGUUGAAGAAGUUAAAGGAGAUGACGUCGUUUGUGUGUCUAGAAAUGCUGCUACUCUGGGUGGUCCGUUGUUCACAUUGCAUGUCUCUCAAGUUCACAUUGAUAUGCCAACCCUCACUGAGAAGGAUAAGGAGGUUAUAAGUACGUGGGGAGUUCAGAAUAAGAUCGAUUUUCUCUCAUUAUCUUAUUGUCGACAUGCAGAAGACGUUCGCCAGGCCCGUGAGUUGCUUAACAGUUUGGGUGACCUCUCUCAAACACAAAUAUUUGCGAAGAUUGAGAAUGAAGAGGGAUUGACCCACUUUGAUGAAAUUCUACAAGAAGCAGAUGGCAUUAUUCUUUCUCGUGGGAAUUUGGGUAUCGAUCUACCUCCGGAAAAGGUGUUUUUGUUCCAAAAGGCUGCUCUUUACAAGUGUAACAUGGCUGGAAAGCCAGCCGUUCUCACUCGUGUUGUAGACAGUAUGACAGACAAUCUGCGGCCAACUCGUGCAGAGGCAACUGAUGUUGCUAAUGCUGUUUUAGAUGGAAGUGAUGCAAUUCUUCUUGGUGCUGAGACCCUUCGUGGAUUGUACCCGGUGGAAACCAUAUCAACUGUUGGUAGAAUCUGUUGUGAGGCAGAGAAGGUUUUCAACCAAGAUCUGUUCUUCAAAAAGACUGUCAAGUAUGUUGGAGAACCAAUGUCCCACUUGGAAUCUAUUGCUUCUUCUGCUGUACGGGCAGCCAUCAAGGUUAAGGCAUCUGUAAUUAUAUGCUUUACCUCGUCUGGAAGAGCAGCAAGGUUGAUUGCCAAAUACAGGCCAACUAUGCCCGUUCUCUCUGUUGUCAUUCCCCGGCUUACGACAAAUCAGCUGAAGUGGAGCUUUAGCGGAGCCUUUGAGGCAAGGCAGUCACUUAUUGUCAGAGGUCUCUUCCCCAUGCUUGCUGACCCUCGUCACCCUGCGGAAUCAACAAGUGCAACAAAUGAGUCAGUUCUGAAAGUGGCUCUAGACCAUGGGAAGCAAGCCGGAGUGAUCAAGUCACAUGACAGAGUUGUGGUCUGUCAAAAAGUGGGUGAUGCGUCUGUGGUCAAAAUCAUCGAGCUAGAGGACUAAAAGAAGCAGAGUCAGGAAUGAGUCUCGUCUGUCUUUUUUUUUUUUUUUUGGUUACUAAUCAAUUUUCUUUCCUUCACUAAAACUCUUGGUGCUUUCCAAGAAAUUACUUGCGAUUCUUGUUUCGCCGGCGAUAUGCUAGAUAUCGGAGUGAAAAUAUUUCUCCUGGACUUCUGAUUUUGUAUUUUAGGAGAUUGAUGUUUCCAAGUUAUGCUAUAAACCACUUCCUACCUUA